AUGCCUAAAAAGCUUGAUAAAGAUGCCAUUGCUAAUAUUUUUGAAUCAUCUAAUGAGGAUGACGACUUUUCAAACGGUAGCAGUGUUAACUAUGAGCCUUCUUAUAGUGAGGUUUCAUCUGGUGAUGAAAGAUAUAUGGAUGACAAGUUUGUACCAAUAAAAACAAUAACUAGCUAUCGGCUUCCCGAUAUUGCUCAUAGCUUUGAGAGGACUGACAAUCCUUACAAUUUGUUUAUGAAAGUUUUCCCUGAAAGCCUUUUUAUGCGUAUUACCCAGUGCACGAACGAACGUAUUGAGAUAAUGCGAAACUCAAAACCAGCGCACAAAAAUAUAAAGCUAACAGAUAUUGGAGAAAUUAAAAUCGUUAUUGGUUGCAUGAUAAUUAUGUCAUAUAACCAUUUGCCAUCUCUAAGACACUAUUGGUCAAAACAUAAUUCUAUGGGAAACGAUGCAGUUAAAUCGGCUAUAACGCGGGAUAGAUUUCAGUUACUAUCAUCGAAAAUGUACUUUGCUUCACCUGAAAAGCCUGAGGGAGCAUCCAAACUUUAUUACGUGGAAGAUAUGGUUGAGUGCCUAAAGACUCGAUUUCCAAGUGCACGGAACGAAAGUGCUUACCAAAGUAUCGAUGAAAGCAUGACGAAAUGCAAAGGACGCUCCUCUAUGAAACAAUACAUACCAUUGAAGCCCACUAAACGUGGUAUCAAAAUGUGGCUCAGGCGUGAUGCUCUUACUGGCUAUACUUACGAUUUUAAUAUCUAUUGUGGGAGAGAAGAUGGAAAAGUCGAAGGAACUCUAGGCGAGCGCGUGGUAAAUCAGUUAGCUGCAACAAUUCGAGAAACGAAUGUGACUCUGUGUUUCGAUCGGUUCUUCACAAGUGUCAAUCUUCUAGGGACUAUUAAUUAUGCAGCGUUAGGAACUAUUAAGUCGAAUCGCAAAAAGUUGCCAGUCAUCAGCACAAAGCUAAACAGAGAUCAGUGCAUUUUCCGAGAAAGCAACACUGGUAUAAUGUAUGCUGAAUGGCAAGAUACCAAGGAUGUAGUAGUUGUAAGCAAUUGUCACUCCUCUGAAAUCUCCAUAAUAGAAAAGAAAUUAAAAAACGGUCAAAAAGUUAACGUGGACUGCCCCGAAAUGAUAAAAUUUUACAGGCAGAUAAUGCGGGGAGUUGACCGAGCUGAUCAAAUUCCAGGCCAAUAUGAGUUGGAUCAGAAGUCUAAUAAAUGGUGGAAAAAAGUUUUUUACCGAUUGUUAAUGAUGUCAGUAGGAAGUUGUUGGGUAAUCAGUUCGCAACUUUCACGGAAACAAAACCACUUAUAG